UAUCAAAAUAUUAACUUCGCUAAUAGUUCAAUGAAAAUUUGAUUGUUUUAAAUAGAAGUAAAUGGUGACUCCAAGGUAUUUAAGCGAAUGAUUAUUGCGUCCUUUCAAUUAAAAUAUGAAAAUACGCUUCACGUAUGGUAGAAAAAUAAUCAAUCUUCCUGUAAAUGUAUAAAUAUUUGGAUAAAAGUCAAGAAUGAUAGAUUUUAGGAAAAAUAUUAAUUAGUUUUAAUAUUCAGGAUAAUAAAAUCAGUCGAAAGAGUGUGCCAUAAAAUCCAAUGUUCAAGAGUUACACAAAAGUUGGAAUUUCUGCAAAAGGCGCUUCAACAGCAGCGACCUUAAAUCCGCGUGAACAUUUAUUUGUCCUCAUCAUAAUGCGUUUAAACUUAAAGAGUUUCCUUUUCGCACUCAUUGCAUUUGUAGUAUUUACCGGAGUUGUGCUAUAUUAUUUUUUUCCGGAUUUUUUAUUUCCUCAUCAUUUGGUACAAAGCUGGGAUCACAGAAAUAUUCACGAUACUUAUGAUUCCAACAUAAUAAGCAGUGAGUUAAAAUCAAUAGCCGCUCCACUACAGAAUAUUGAAUGCUGGAUUAAUCAAGAGUAUUCGAUACCGUGCAAGCAUAGCACUGAAAACCACGAAGUUUACGUGCCAUUUUCAUUUCUGCGGAGCUAUUUUGACAUAAAUGGUGCAAUAGUAACAGUCACGAGCAGUAGUAUAAAUGAUAAUAACAACAAUGAAGGAGAUGGUGUGGUAUCCCGAUUUGCAUGGUCGCAUAGUAACGCAAAAGUGAAUGUACCCAAAGGAAAAUACAAUACACGUGGACGCUUCGCCUACUUUGAGAACUACAAUGUGGAGGUGCGAGACCGUGUCAAAUGUAUAAGUGCAGCCGAAGGAGUGCCAAUAAGUACGCAAUGGGAGAAACGUGGAUAUUUUUAUCCCACUCAAAUUGCACAGUUCGCUUUGGCACAUUAUAGUAAACAUUUAGCUGAACCACCAGCAAAAAAUAGGAUGCUCGAAGAUGCUGAUAUUUACAAAGCAAGUUGGCAUACGCCGAAAUCCAGUAAUAUUUCACGCAUUUGGCAUCCAAAAUUUAACACAUCCGUUAUACAAUACGAAACAGCAAUUGGUUAUGACAGCGCAGUGAAUAUGGAGGUUACUGAAGCAAUUGAGUUAGUACUAAGCGUUGAUCUACUAUUGGUCACCAAUAGCAGUAGUCUUAUGGUAAUGUUGCAAUCUCGUGAGACCAAACAAAAUUACACAUUGCACUAUAUACCCGCGGAUUUGAGACUAAGUACUCAGGAGCAUAAUAUAUACUACGGCAUGGGUACUAGUUCUGUGAAUAGAUGGCGUCAUAUAACGCGAGACCUUUUAAUUGACGUACAGAAAGGUUUAAUAAACGGUAUGGAAAAGAAACUUCAACCCAAAAUACGUCGCAGUGAUUUGCGUGUAACGUCGCUUGCGUUUCUGGGUGUUGGAUUUUUCGACAACAUUACGCUUUCAACAUACGAUCAUAUGACUCAUUUUUACGAUGCAGCAGAAUGGUUUAUACAUAAUCAGGAUUUAAAAAGUGGUGGGUGGCCCAACCCUGUAAAACGUAGUCUAAAUGGCUUCACCGAACUUAAAGCUGGCUGGCUUUCGGCUAUGGGCCAAGGGCAUGCUAUUUCCGUGCUUGCAAGAGCCUAUUAUCAUUCCGGUGGUGAUAAGCGGUAUUUGAAAUCAGCGGCACUUGGACUGAAACCUUUCAGAGUUAACUCAAAUGAGGGCGGGGUACUAGCGCAGUUUAUGGAAAAGUAUUAUUGGUACGAAGAAUAUCCAACCACACCUCCUUCGUUUGUACUUAAUGGUUUUAUUUACGCUCUAUUGGGAUUAUAUGAUCUAAAUUCGACAGCACCUACAAACAUUGGACUUGAAGCUGGUCAACUUUUCAAUCAAGGGAUGUUGUCAUUGAAAAAAAUGUUACUACUUUACGACACGGGUUCUGGGACCAGUUAUGAUUUGCGGCAUUUAAGUUUAGGUACCGCACCAAAUUUAGCCCGAGACGACUAUCAUGCAACGCAUGUGAGUCAAUUACUGUUAUUAACUACAAUCGACAGUGAUCCCAUUUUAAUGGAAACUGCAGAGCGAUGGAAGGGUUAUAUGUUUGGCAAACGCGCCAAGCACAAUUGAUGACGUAACAAACGUCGCAAAAAAAAUCUCAGUCUUUGGAAUAACUGAAACCCCGAGUGAUAUUAAAUUUAAACGAAAUUAAGUUUUCUUUUCCUUAAAUAAUUUUAUAAACAUAGUAUUUGAUACAAAUUGUAGAAUCUACAUUUAGUAUAGAUUUGCAAUUGAUUUUUGUAUUUGCCUUGCCAACCUAUGAAAAAACGUUUAGUAUACUUUCCGUUUUACGUUUUACACACCAAUUUUUUCUAUAUACUUACAUUUUUGCUUGCUGUAAAUUACAUGUAUAACACAAAUGUUACAUUUAGAUUUAUGCAGCUAACUUCGUUAAUUUGUACAAACUGAAUAAUUAGGGAAGUAUGUAUUUUUUUACUUUUGUAAUUGUUCAUAAUGG